AAAAAAAUGGUUCAAAAUAAAAUCUUCUUUAUCUUAUUUUUUAUGAUCCUCUUGAUUAUUUCAGUACAAUCUGUACAAUCUCCAAAGAAUUCCACCGGAGAAUAUCGUAAAUACAGAGGAGUGGGAAAUAGAGAAGAUGCUCGAAAAGGUGAAGAUGCCGGGCAUGUCGCUCAUGAAAAACGUAGAUAUAAACGAAAAAGUUUUAUAAAGAAACGCGAAUUUAUCAAUCAACUUAACGUAUGAAAAUUUAUAUCCAUAUAUUUCCGAAUGAUAAUGGAGUAAAUUACCCGUUUUUUUCGUUUUUUUUCAUUUUUUUUCCAUUUUUUUUCCAUUUCUCAAACGAUAAUUAUUAAUCAAUCUAAGAACAAUAUGAAAUUUAUGUAUUAGUUUUAAAUUUAUUUUUUUAAGGUUUCAAGAUUUUGUUAUUUUAAUUAAUUAAUUACAUUUAUCAUAAAUGAUAAUUUUUAUCUGUAUAAAUAAAUUGAACUUA